GAAAAACACGCCUUUGGAGAGCAUGCUUGAAGUGACACUUCUCCUUCUCUGCUCUCGCUCUCUCUCUCACACACACACACACACACACACACACCAACAACCAACCCGAAAAUUUUGUUAGCAUCGAAUCCGGCGAUCCUUUAAACUCCCUCCCGACAUUUUCUCUCACUAAGAAUCCUUGUCUACUAUCUCAGCUCCCGCCACAAUGCGGUGGCCGAGCUUUUGCAGCCAUUCAUUCCGGAUUUGCUUACUCAAUAUAGCACUAUCCUGCUUAAUUUUAGUUGGCACCCUUGGAUCAGCUCUAGCCUCGAUCCAUAUCUACGAUCAAGAUCAGUUCAGAGAGGUCGGAAAUGCUUUCCUUGUCUCCGGCGGCAGUGAAGGCAUUGUCGCCUCCCAAGUUACCCCACCUCCGCCACGCCGUUCAUUCCGUUCCGCCGUUCAUGACGGUCUCUCUUACAUCAGGUUUGAGAAUAUCACAUUCUGGAGGAGUGAAGCCGCGGCAGAGGAGGAAUCGGAAAAUGUACCUGUUACCGGGUUGAUACAGAUUGUGAUUUUUGAGGCUGCUGAUCGGGAUAAUAUUGGUGGUUCACCUUAUGGAGGACAGAGGUCAAUUUGCUGCACUUCCGAUCUUGCCAAACUUGAGGGUUGUAAGGAAGGGGAAGUCAUUAGGAUACCUUCAGCAACUAAUAUACAUUGGCCUAUUGUCGUUAAUGUGCAUUUCAAAGGGAAUUCAGUGUCUACAAAGUUGAAGAAUACGCAAGUGUACAUAAGAAAGACGGGGAUGUACAACUUGUUCUUUAUCACCUGUGAUCCCUCACUCAAAGGGAUGAAGGUUACGGGGAAGACUUUAUGGAAAAAUCCUUAUGGUUACUUACCUGGUAGAAUGUCGCCUCUCAUGAAGUUUUAUGUGAUCAUGGCUUUCACUUACGCUGCCCUCAGUGCAAUAUGGUUUUUUAUGUAUGUUAAAUAUUGGAAAGAUAUUUUGCCGCUUCAACAUUGCAUUGCCGUUGUUAUUGCCCUUGGUCUGCUUGAAAUGAUAUUCUGGUAUUUCGAUUAUGCAUUCUUCAACAACACUGGAACAAGGCCUGUUGGUAUAACAACGUGGGUUGUUACAAUUGGAUCUGUAAGGAAGACCCUUCUUCGCCUUCUUAUCCUUUCAGUUGCAAUGGGCUUUGGUGUCCUUCGUCCUACUCUUGGUGGACUUACUGCGAAGGUCAUGCUGCUUGGAGCUACUUACUUCUUGGCCUCUGAACUACUAAACAUUACUGAGUAUGUGGGAACUAUUAACGAUGUAGCCGGACGAGCUAGAGUCUUCUUGGUAAUCCCUGAUGCAUGCCUGGAUGCGUUUUUAAUCUUGUGGAUUUUCACUUCGCUUUCAAAGACAUUGGAGCAAUUACAGGCAAAAAGAAGCACUGUUAAAUUGGACAUUUACAGAAAAUUUUCGAAUGCUUUGGCAGUGGCAGUCUUGUUGUCAGUUGUUUGGAUAGGUUAUGAGCUUUACUUCAAAGCAUCAGAUCCCUUUAACGAGAGGUGGCAAGGAGCCUGGAUUAUUACUGCUUUUUGGGACGUUCUAGGAUUUGCAUUACUCGCUGUAAUAUGCUAUCUGUGGGCCCCAUCGCAGAGCUCUCAACGUUAUGCAUAUGCUGGUGAAAGGGGUGAGGAGAUUGAUGAUGAAGAAACUGAAGCCCUGAACAAAGGUGACAUCAGCCUAGUGAACCAAGAGAGAAAAAGAAGUAGCGAUGACUCCGAUUCAGAAGAUGAGUGAAGGUGAAUGGUGAAUUAUUUUUUCUACUUCAACCAAACUGCAGUAAACAAGGAGCACCUCAUGCUGCAAAUGACUGGAAACAAUAUGGUGGGAACGCUGACAACUUUUACUGAACAAUGACUGGAAUUGAUUGAUUCUUUAUUUCUAUCUACUUGUAUAUGAUUAAAGAGUUUCCGUAGCUGCAUGCCAAUUGGGAGCAUGAAAUGGUUGUGAAACGAAGUCCAGGUGCAUCUGUAUGAUGUUUUUCCUGUAAUAGUUUUGUUGUUGUAGUGAGUUUGGUCAUGAUAGACUUGUAGAUGCUUUUUCAGAACAAAAGAUUUUGAUCUUAAAGACAACAGUGGCCAACUCUGCAGAGGUCAUCAAGAAUACAAGUUUGUGAUUCUCUUUGUUAAUACACAUUUGUGAGAUGAUAAAGAAACAAGGUUUUCCUGCGAAUUACUAUCAUCGUAGAUGUGCUGGUGGCACCAGAAACGGCUUAUACGUCAAAAAUAUCCAAAGCAAUGCAACAUAACUGAAAUGCUGCUUUAUUUAUCUUAGUGCUUCUGCAGAAAAAUGCAGUUCACAUUUGAUUAGUACAAACAAGGCUGACUGAGCGAACACUAGGGUUCAAGAAGAUAUUAUCCAGAUAUCUGAAAGGAGCGCGACCAUGACAGUUCAAGAAGAGAUGAUCCAGGUAUCUAGGAGCUCCUGACAGUUCGUUCUUGUGGAACAGAAAUCAGUGGGAUUAGUCGGUUAGGAAUCAAUUUAAAAUCUUGAGCUUGAAGGUCAACCGGAAAUGUAAUUCGAGCAUCGGCAGGUAAUGGUCAGAUGGUAACCGAUCACUUCGAAGGUAUAUCCAGCACCAAGGGUAGCAAGUACUCUCUCCGUCCAAGAAAAAUAGUGCACUUUGUUGUACUUUAUGGACCAUUUCAACAUCAUCGCCGAGUAUGUAACGAAGUUCUGACCUCGACCAGCCUUGGAUUGGCUCCAUAUUCUCCCUUGUGCAAGGUUAUUUUGCGCAGAUAAUAUAGAUGGAAGGCGAUAAAGAAGCUCUGCGCUGAAAUCAUUUCGGCCUGCGUUUUGCUGAGUUAACAUUGCUUCUACCCGUGAUCAUCAGCUUUCUUGCUGCGUCACUUGUCUUGAUUAGAGCUGCAGGCAGACGAUAUGAUACGAAUAGAAUGGCGAGACUAGAUCAAACUGCGUUUACCUUGGCUAUUAUAUUAUACUUCUCUCCACUUCUUACAAAAUAUGUAUAUAUUUCUUCCCACGAUCAAUGUCAUGAUAGUACAAUUUUCGUCUCAAAAUAAUUUAUAAGGUCAUGAGAUUUUAACAAUUCUUUUUUGCAAGCAAUUUCUUUUUGGCCAAAAUUGUAAUAGAGAAAUUUAUCGGCAAGUUUUCCUAAUAAAUUGUUUUACUUAAAAUCAAUUUUAACUAAUUCGGAAUAGUUAGAACAAUAAUUUGUGAGUAAUAAUAUACCAGAAAAAAUUUGAUUGGUUUUAGUAGGAAAA